CUUACUCCCGAUGACGUCGAGUCCGGACUCGAUAGGCCUGAGGAUAUGGGCACUGGCCGUGAAGGAUUCUACUCCAGGCCUGGUCGUAAUGCGAGCAACACAAGCCUCGACAGCGAUGCUUUGUUAGAUCACAGAGAACAUAAAUCCUUCAUCCGACCCCGACGUCCGUCUAUGAUGACAGCGAGCGGCUCCCUUCUCGCCACGCCCGGCGGUAGCAGACUGAAGCAUAUGAGCAGAGGAGACACCAGCGAGGAAGACGGAGAAGGAGCACCGCUCCUAUCUAGCUCUGUCUUCCAACGAGGCGAAACAUUCCCGAGCUAUGGGUCCGGAGAAGCUACUCUUCGAAGAAGCGGCCCCGGCAGUCGUCACGAAUCGAGCAGGAGCAGUUCCAAGAGACGCUUCCUCGGAUCCGGGAACGAUACUUAUAAUGUCAACUAUCCGCCAUCGGUGCCGGGAACGCCUCCGAUGCGCCCACUGGACCGCAUGGAUAUGAGCUUCGGCGAUGCUUUGCUGCGCGACGAGCUUGAAAACGGUGAUUCGCAGAGAAGGGAUUAUGACGAAGACGACCAUGAAUCGUUCCACAAUUCACCAUUGGAGAGGAGGAAGACAAUUGCUGCUUUGCAGGCUGAGGAGGAUGUGUGCUUUCCCCAAGAGGGCCUUUCUGAUAUUGCCGACGACGAGCUUGGGAUUCGCGAUGCUCAUGGUUACCGUGGGCGGGCGCGGAGACGUCGCCGCAAGUGGCCAGAUAUUGCUCUGUUGAAUGAAUGGAGUAGAGUCGAGAAGGAGGGACGUAGCGAGGAGCGCCGGGUGAAGAGGAUGGUAGAGCCCCAGCUCAUCAACGGCAGACUGCGGCCUGUCCACCGCGGUUGGUUUCAGGCCGAGGAGGAAGCACCCUACCGGUUCACCUACUUCAACGAAGAGUUCCAAAGCACCAUUCACAGCCAGACUAUUGGAGAACUGGUCCAGCCCGGAGGCAGUUUCAAGGAGCUGUUCAUCCCAGACCCCCCAAUCCUGUCAGAUUCUUCCGAGAGCGAGGACGAAGACGAGGACCCAACAGUCAGCCUAUCACAGGUGUUGGCUGGUCAAAACGGCGACCCUCGAAUCCCCGUCCGUCAACCGUCCCUCGCAACUAGCACAACGGCAAACGUUCAACACCAGGAUUUCGCCGAGCUUCGAAGAGAACGGACCGGAUCCGCUAACAACGGCCGGCCGAUGUCGACGGAGCCCAAAUCACACCACAGUGAGCAAAAAGCCUACUCUGGGGAGCACACCCCCUCCCGCAUGCGAUCCCCCGUACCUGACCAUGUCAAAUCCCCCCAACCAGACAACAACAGCAGCAACAACAACAACAACAGCAGCAACAACAACAACAACAACAACAACAACAACAACAACAACAACAACAACAACAACAACAACAACAACAACUUCCACCCCACCCCCCAUAAGGAACCAAAACCCAUCCGGUAUGGCGAGCGCCCAGUCUGGUGGCUUGACAUUCUGAGUCCAACAGAGCAAGAGAUGAAGAUCAUCUCCAAGGCGUUUGGAAUCCACCCGUUGACAGCAGAAGACAUCAUGAUGCAGGAGCAGCGGGAGAAGGUGGAACUGUUUCGGCAUUACUACUUUGUCAACUACCGGUCUUUUGACCAAGACCAGUCAAGCGAGAAUUUCAUGGAGCCGGUGAACAUGUACGUGGUGGUGUUUAGGGAGUGUGUGCUGAGCUUCCACUUUAGCGUGACGCCCCACCCUGCCAACGUCCGCCGGCGCAUCCGACAGCUGAGGGACUAUCUGAUCCUGUCGUCGGACUGGAUCAGCUACGCGAUCAUCGACGACAUCACGGACGUGUUUGGGCCGUUGAUUCAGAGCAUUGAGGACGAGGUGGACGAUAUUGAUGAUGAGAUUUUGCAGCUGCACUCGACUACUGCCGCGGCGACGACGGAUCCGUAUGGUAGUAGGAAUAACAAGCAGGACGGGAGUAGUAAUGAGAAGCGGGAGUUGGGGGACGAUGCCGAGGCGGGGAGGGACAUGCUGAGGCGGGUGGGGGAUUGCAGGAAGAAGGUGAUGAGUUUGUAUCGGUUGCUGGGGAACAAGGCGGAUGUGAUCAAGGGGUUUGCUAAAAGGUGUAAUGAGCAUUGGGAGGUUGCACCGAGGAGUGAGAUUGGGUUGUAUUUGGGGGAUAUUCAGGAUCAUAUUGUGACGAUGACGUCGAAUUUGAGUCAUUAUGAGAAGAUCUUGGCGAGGUCUCAUGGGAAUUAUUUGGCGCAGAUCAACAUUAGGAUGAAUGAGAGGCAGGAGCAGACGGCGGAUGUGCUGGGGAAGUUGACGGUUCUGGGGACGAUUGUACUGCCUAUGAACAUCAUUACUGGGCUGUGGGGGAUGAAUGUGUUGGUGCCGGGGCAGGAGUCGGAGGCGGGGUUGGUUUGGUUUUGGUGUAUCACCGGGGGAUUGUUGGUUUUUGGUCUGGCGUGUUAUUUGAUUGCGAAGAGGGUUUAUAAUAUUGUCUGA